CAGCAAUUUGACAGAUGGUGAAAACGUAAACAUAACACAACAUUACGUAAAUUUUUUUAUUUCCAUCUUAUUUAAUAAAAAGAAGUUUAGAUAAACAUAAAAUACAAAAUAAAUUAUGGAAUAUUGUGAUUGUACCGAAUAUUGUAAAAGUAAACAACAUGGAGAUAAAAUAACAGCUCUACUAACAAAAAGGGGCCUAACAGAUGCUCAAAUUUGUUCAUACAUGAACCAGAUAUGUUAUAACUGCGAAAAUGUUCGGGAUAAUGAUGGAAGAACUCCACUCCAUAUGGCUGUGUCUGUUGGUCGUAAAGAUGUUGUUCAAUGGUUAAUUCGUAGAAAAUCUAAUUUAAAUGUAAGGGAUACGGAAUCUUCUUACACUCCCUUACAUAGAAGCAUUUAUUAUGGUAAUAUUCAUGGGGUGAUUACUUUAUUACAAAAUGGAGCCACUAAUAAUAUCUUGGAUAAUGAUGGGUUGAGUUAUAUUGAUCAUGCUGUAAAGAAUUGGCCUUAUAAGAAAUCUACAACUACAGAAAGUUCAGAACAAGUAUAUAUUUGGGGCCCUGAUACUAAUUAUGUGUUUGGUGCUAAGAAAUCCCGCCCUGUACCGGAAAUAUGGGAAAUUUUCCAUAAAGAACACCAAUUUGGGAUAAAAAAUAUUUAUUUAGACAAGUUUCAUUGUGUUGCAAUAUCAAUUAAAGGUGAUGUCUACAGUUGUGGACAUGGACAAGGAGGUCGUUUGGGUUUAGGCAGUGAACAAACAGCUUUAAAACCAGGAAGAAUCAUUUUCAGUGAUAAGCAAGAAAACUCAAGUUCAAUUUGUUGUAUUUCUGCAAGCAUUUCGAGAGAUCAUAGUGUGUUUUUAACCGAAUGUGAGGGAAAACGACAAGUUUGGUCUUGUGGGUUAAAUACACAUCAUGUUCUUGGUAUAAAUCCACCACCUGUUAAUCAAGUAUCUCCAAAGCGUUUAAAUAGUAUUAGAAACGCUCCGAUUAAAGGAGUUUGUACAAGUCAUUAUCAUUCGAUUGCUUGGACAGAAAGUUCGGUUUUUUCUUGGGGUUUAAAUGGCGGACAAUUAGGACAUGAAAUUUCCACAGAAAAAUAUGUAACCGUUCCAAAGGUUAUUUCAAAAAUAAGACUUAAAUCUGAAUUAUUAGAUGUAACUACUAGUAUUGCUAGUACAGCGAUUUUAACAAAAUCUGGGGAGGUAUUAAUUUUUUAUCAACAUAAAUGCCUUACAAUUCCAACAAGAGGUCCUCUAACAAAAAUAUGCGCGGUAGGUGGAAAAUUAAACAUUUCAGUAGAAAAUAAAACUUCGGAUGAAUUAAAAAUAGCUGGAUUAACACCGAAUGGAAAAAUAUUGAUUUGGUAUGAAUCUGAUUCUUACCUUACACAAUGCGUCAUGUCUUUAAAUAGAGAGAUUAUUGUUACCGAUUUUGUAUUGAGUGUGAAUGGAAUUGCAUUUAUUACAAACAAUGGAGAAUGUUUUACUGGAACUAUAAAGCAACGUAAAAAAGAUUCGCCUCUGCCUCCUAAUAAACAGAGUAUCGCAUUUAAUCAAUUUUUGGAUAGAGAUAAAUGUCAUUUUAUUAAAUUAAGUAAAGUAUUAAAUUUGUAUAGAUCUUUAUUGAUAGCUUCAGAUCCAAUUGGUGUAAAUUUUGCUGUUAUACAGGGCAACCCUAACGAAAACUUACAUUAUCCUCAUUUAUCUGAAGAUACUUUAAUGUCCGACAUAAAAAAUCUUCUAAUCCAAUCGGAUCCCGACGAUUUAACCCAUGACGUUAUUUUUAAUGUUGGUUUACAAAAAUUUCCCGCUCAUAAAUACAUUCUAGUCAAUAGUAGUAAGACAAUCAUCGAUUUUAAAUCUCGCUCAAAAGAUUCGUAUAAUUUAGAAAAAAUUCGUCCGGAGUUAUUUGAAGAACUUCUCACAUGGAUUUAUACAGGAAAUUGUAAUUUAAUCCACACUGGUGAAUGUCCAAAUCAUUUGUUAACAGUCGAUGGUGAUAAAAACUCUGUACGAUUAUUGCAAGAUUUAACAAGAAAAUUUGGAGUUGUUGAUUUAGAUAAAAUACUUUCUAAUUUUACUAUGGUCGGAAAUAAAAUUGAAUAUGCUAAAAAAAUGAAUACAUUCCAUCAUUCGCCGAAUAAAAGUUUUAAUAGAAUGGAUUUUCCCGAAUUACAUGAUGUAAAAAUAAUUUCAAAAAAUGGACAAAGUUUAUCUGCACAUAAAUGUAUUUUAAUAGCUCGGGUCCAGUUUUUUAGAAAUAUUUAUUCGAGUAGAUGGAACACAAAUUCACCGCUGGAAAAAAUCGAUUUACCAUAUACAUUAAACAUUUUAGAAUUUUUUUUGGAAUUUAUUUACACCGAUAAAAUUAAAUCAAUUUCAAUUAUUGAUAUAGAUUCUUUAUGCCACUUACUACAAUUAAGCGAUCAAUAUUUAAUCGAACGUUUACAUAAUUUGUGUCAAAUCGAGCUAUGUUAUCGAUUAUCCUUUAAAAAUGCGGUUGAAAUGUUUGCAAUUUCUGCAGCAUUUAAUGCAGCAGAAUUACAACGUUGUACGAUGGAAUUUAUCUGUUCAAAUUUACCAACCUUUUUAGAUUUAAAAUUACUUAACGAUUUAGAUGAUGAUUUAUUAAUGGAAUUAACAAAAUAUUAUUGUUCUUCGAUUAAAUCGAUGCAAAAUCGUAUUAUCACCCCGUUUAGUACGGCUCCUAGCGAUGAAGAAGUACUUGCUAUCGUUGAAAACUGCAGUUUUGAUGAAACAGAGGUGACACCAAAAGUAACAAAAACAACUCCAAAAUCACAUAGAACGCGAUACAGAUCGCAUAAAGAUAGUAUUUCGGAAAAUUAUAAAGACGAUUCAAUUAAUGAUGGUUCAUUAAUGAGUUGUUCGCCUAAAAUUGAAGCUGUAAUUCCGAAAAUGAAAGAAAUUCAUCUUCCAUCAAGGAUUAAAGCGAUUACUCAAGCCCAAGAAAAAAUGUCUUCUGAAAAAAAUGGCAAUUUUAAUUUUGUAAAGUUAAGUUCGUCAAUGGACGAGAGAAAUUUUAUGGGAUUCGAUGAAUUUCCUACUUUAGGAACUUCACCGCCUUGUGUUAUUAAUAAAACUCCAAAAAGAAUAAGUGGAGAAAAAACACCCACUUUUAAACAAAAACAUAAGAAAAUUAUCCUUGGAACGAGUCCUCAACAAAAUAAAACAUCCUCACCACCUGGAAAUCCUUGGAAAAUUAAUUUUGAAACAGACGUAACUAAAUGUGAGUUAGAAAAUCAAAAUAAAGUUGCUAAUAUGCAAACGAUUGUUAUGGAGGAGAAACAACAAAAAGAAAAAUUUAAUCGGAUGAUAUCUAAACCUUUAAUUUAUACCCAGAUUGAAGAUAAAGCUCUUGAGGAUUUGAUGAAAUUUUAUAACUGUUCGAAUGUUUUUGAUGAAGUCAUUACAAUGGAAAGGGUUAGUAAUAAGGACAUUGGAGUGCACCCAACUUGGACAAAAAUUCAUAAAGUUUUAUGAAAUGAUUAAUUUUUAACAUUUUUAAUGAUUUUGUACUCACAAAAUAUAUAUGAUUGUGUUUAAUUUUAAGUAAUUGUGAAGUAAAGUAAUUGACAAAGCUAAA